AUGUUAUACAGCCAGUAUAACGGGGAUCAACUAAUACUCCACCCCCGUAAUGGUAUAAACGGAAAAAACCGCGUGUCAGCUGUAAUCGAAUGUGUGUUAGGAUAUUCGUUUAGAUAUGUUCAUGACUUCAGACCGCUGCUGAUUACAGAAGUGUCGUGCGACUUCAGAGUAACAGGAAAUGUACGAACAAGUCGAGUUCCAGAUCAGUGUCCGGGAUCAUACAAUGCAGUUGGUUUUUAUGUCCCUUUUUCUAUUUAUGGACAUCGAUUUUUUGACCUUUACUACAUUUGUUUCGAUGAAACCAAUGCCACUCCAAUCUACACUCAUCACACAGUGUAUGGAAAUGAAAUCCAAUAUAGGUGUACAACUUCAUUUAGGCCAGUCUUCAAAGUACCUGGUUUUCCCAAAAAUUUGGACGUUACAUCAGCAUAUUCACAAUAUAAUCAAGAGAAUAGACUUACUGCUCUGUUUGCCUCUGAUUCAAAACCGCGAGAAUCGGCGAUGGAGUAUUUCGAUGAAAACUAUUUGCAGAAAGGACAUCUUACCCCGCAUGCCGAUGGACUGUUCACCACUUGGCAAUGGUCGUCGUAUUUCUACAUCAAUGUGGUUGGCAUGUGGGAGCGAAUCAACAAUGGUAAUUGGAAGUUCCUGGAGGAAAAGGUGAGAACUAUAGCCAAUGCCACCAAGCAGAAUUUAGACAUCUAUACUGGAGCUUAUGAUACAUUAUCGCUAUGCUCCCUACAACACUACUGUAACAAAUUUACUUUGAGCAAUGGGCGAAUUCCUGUACCAAAAUGGCUGUGGAAGAUAGUUAAAUCGCCAGAAAACAAUGCCGCUAUUGCUCUGGUUGUCAGCAAUAAUCCGUUUGUUGAUGAGCUUCCAAUUUGCGGCCAGGGUCACGAAUCGUAUGGGUGGAAUAAGAAUAUUGUUACAGGUAGAACUCAUGGCGCAGUGAGCUACUGUUCGGUCCAGGAUCUGAAAAGGAUUGUUAGAAAUAUCCCGCGAGAAGCUUUGGCUCCGUAUAUUUUGAAAGUUGUAUAUUCGAAUGGAUAGUUGCAUGGAAUGAAAUAUUUUUAGCACAAUUGUCUGUCAUUUUCCCGAAGAAGAUUUUGAAUUAAAAUCCUGAACAUCGAAUAAUAAAGUUUAAUUCAAACAGUUUAGCUUCAAACACGACACUUUAAUUCUACCAUCAUUUAAA